UGUGAUCACUCGGACCCUUGCGUACUAAAGAACAAACAUUGACCUGUGCGUCUGGGAGAAAAAUAGAAGAAAGGCGAGCCCUGUUCUACGUUCAUAUACCUCAUGCUUUACAAACGCUCGCAACCAUGGCCCUUUGACCCCCUGGAGUGCCAUCAACCGCGUCCCUUAAAGGCUUUAUUUCCUGCUCUGCACUUUUUGAGCGGUCUGGCCGCUAAAUGUGCCAUCGACAUAAGCAUGCCAUCGUACUGAGACAUGAAUCAGCUUGUUUAUUUCUUCGACCUCACUUUACUUCUUAUCAUUCCGAAGCCAUAGAACAGAAAAUCAAAAUUGUAUUAUGCAAAGGAUACUGCUGAUAUACUUGUAUCUAGCUUCUUUGUUUGUACAUAUAAUUGCGUAUCAUUACAUAGGCUGUUAUCAGGACAGUUUGAGCAAACCUUUGUUCAAUGGUCUUGGCCAAAAAGGUCCAUACAUCGAUUUAGAUCUCUCUACAGCGGCAUGCGUCGACUAUUGCGCUCAACGCAAGUUCUCUUACAUGGCUGUGCAAGAUGGUAUCAUGUGCUAUUGCUCCAACGUACUGCCAACGAAAACUCCCGUCAACAACAGUUACUGCGAUGUGUCGUGCCCCAACGAUGCUGUGGAGCAGUGUGGUGGUUUAGCAUACGACUCUGUUUACUCAAGUUUUGUUCCAGAUCACGCUUCAUCGCACGACUCAGUUCCAAAAUUUCUAUCGCCACAAAUGCCUGCCACCAUCGAACAGCGUCGCCCGGUUCCACCAUACAUUGUGGUAAUCUAUUGCGUUGUUGGAAUUAUUGUAAUGUGUUUCUUGGCGUUCUUGAUAUACACCUGGAGAACAGUUCGAAAGCAUACUGUACCCCUGGAGGAGACAAAAGAACUUGAGAAGUGCGAGCCACGCUCCCUUUGGUCGUCUAUGCAAUUGUUCGUUGACAGGUUUCGGCUAUGUACAACUAGGAGGGGGAAGAUGGCUGCCACUGUAUGAUUUGCAGUACUUAUCAUGGAGAUUGACUGACGUCCAUAGAACAACUCUCUAGCCUGGUGAAGAGAUAUUUAGGCACAAUCAUUAUGUAAAUUACUAAUUGCGGGAUAUCGAUACAUCAAACGACAACGAACACAGUAAAAUUUCCCUUUAAUUCUGCCACUUUCAAUUUUUUUGGGUGCCUGUUCUCUGUUCUGCGGGGUGCGAUCAAUGCUAAUCCUCCAUGUCCGAUCAGCAAUCACUCGACACCGCGUUCAUAGCAACGCGAUACUCAGAGUACAAGCAGAACUACUUCAAGAUAGGAAGGGAGGAAGUGGUGUGUAGUUUAUUUGGCUUGGCUUCUGAAACCACGUCUACUUUGCGCAUUCACUGAGCU